UUACCCUAACCCUAUGAGUGAGGUUAUGAUAAGCAUAAUUUUAUCUUUAAAUUAUUUACAUUUUCUGUGAAGUACUGUUAGAAAAUAAUAAUGGGGAAGAAAGGCUACAACUGGAAAGCGCGACAAGUGGUUAAUACUGUGGUUGAAAAUAGCUCCAAUUCAAAGGUACAAUUGGAACUGACAACGAAGAAAAAUGAGCAUUAUGAUGAUUGUAACACACUUGUUAUUCCAUCAAAGAAAAGGAAAACAGUUAAAACUAAAACCAAUGGACCUGUUGUGACAAAAGUUUUAUCCAAAACUCAGAGGAAAAAAUUGGAAAAAAUAGUCGAACGGAAAAAGAAAAAAGAAAACCGCUCAACAAUUUUAGAAGCUCUUUCCAAAGUACAAGCCCCUGAAGAAUUGCUAAACAAACUAACAACAAUAGCCUCUUUACAAACUAAAGGUUUGAAGCGGCAUAAUAAUGAAGAACAAAAGGCAAUCAAUUCAAUAGCUGGCAGCAGGAAAAAAAGGAUGAAACUGUUGCAGGAAGAGGCUAAAGGACAAAGUUCUCUCCUGACAGAUGACCCCAAUAUUGUUGGGUUUGAUCCAUCAGACACAGAUUCCAGUGCUGAUGAAGAUGUUGAUAUUAAAGAAGAGCCUGAGGACAUUGAUCAAGUAAAGGUAACUAACACGGAACUGCAAAAAGAUUUAAUAAACUCAAAUGAAACCAAAUCCGAAAAUUUAAAUAGUGUCACGAUAGACAUUACAGACGAUAAUGAAAUAAACAAUAAAGUAACACAUGGGGAUAAUACUUUAAAGUUGAAAGAAGAGAAGGAUAAGGUUAUCAAAGUUGAAAGUGUCCCUUCAAUUUUUAUUCCUGUUAAUCGAGAUGAGAAAAUUCAAGAAGGACGAUUGAAACUGCCAAUCCUUGGAGAGGAACAGGCUAUCAUGGAAGCCAUCCGGGAAAAUCCAAUAGUCUUGUUGGCCGGAGAAACAGGCAGUGGGAAGACUACGCAGGUUCCACAGUUUUUGUAUGAGGCUGGCUAUGCAAGCAACAACAAGCUGAUCGGAAUAACGGAGCCGAGAAGGGUUGCGGCGAUAGCUAUGUCUAAGCGGGUUGGUCAGGAGCUGAAUAUGAGCGAAGAUAAAGUCUCCUACCUGAUAAGAUUUGAAGGAAACACGACACCAAACACGCAAAUCAAGUUUAUGACGGACGGUGUACUCUUGAAAGAACUGCAGACUGAUUUUCUGCUGAACAAAUACUCAGUCAUUAUCCUAGAUGAAGCCCACGAGCGCAGCGUGUACACAGACAUUCUGAUUGGUCUGCUAUCUCGGAUUGUACCUGUUAGGAACAAGCGAGGGAACCCUCUCAAACUUAUAAUCAUGUCUGCCACUCUUCGACUUACUGACUUCACGGAAAACACUCGACUCUUCAAAACUCCCCCUCCAGUUAUCAAGGUUGAAUCACGACAGUUUCCUGUAACGAUUCAUUUCAACAAACAGACACCUCAAGACUAUGUGAAGGAAGCUUAUCGCAAGGCUUGUAAAAUACACACUCAGCUGCCUGAAGGAGGGAUACUCAUAUUUCUCACAGGUCAACAAGAAGUGAACCUUGUGGUUAAAAAGUUGAGGAAAGCUUUUCCGCUGCGGUCUCAAAAGCAGAAUAAUCUGGUCAGUGACAAAACAGAGGAAAAAGACAAGGAAGAUGUUGAAGAGGAUGAGGUUGAUGAAGAUUUGAAAGAUGCUAUGAAAAAAGCAAAGCAAUCAAAACGGAAACUAAAGAAAUCUCCUGCUCCUUUGCCAGUGAUUAAUUUAGACAACUAUGAACUGAACCCUCAGGACGACACAGAGGGAGACAUGUUGGAUGAUGGCUCUGAAGCAGAAGAAGGGUGGGAGGAGGAGGAGACGUUCACUACAGUACAACCACUCUGGGUCUUGCCUUUGUUCUCCUUGCUGCCCAGUCACAAACAGGCCAAGGUUUUUGAGCCCCCACCAGAGGGUUGUAGACUUUGCGUGGUUGCGACCAACGUUGCUGAGACUUCCCUGACCAUCCCUAAUGUGAAGUACGUCGUGGACUGCGGCAAAGUCAAGACACGGCUGUACGACGCUCACACUGGCGUGUCUACCUUUGAUGUGCUCUGGACCAGCAAAGCGUCGGCCAAUCAGAGAGCGGGAAGAGCUGGGCGAACAAGUGCUGGUCAUUGUUAUAGACUGUACUCCUCGGCUGUGUUCAAUGAUGAGUUUUGUGAGUGGGCUGUGCCGGAAAUGCAGCGUCGGCCUGUAGAUGAGUUACUGCUGCAGAUGAAGUCUCUCGGCAUUGAUAGAGUGGUCAACUUCCCCUUCCCCUCCCCCCCAGACGUCACGCAGCUACGGACUGCUGAACACAGGCUGACACUGCUUGGGGCGCUGCAGCCGCCCAAGAAAAAAGAUGCUUGCAGUUCCAAGUUGACCCCUCUGGGACAGACCAUGUCUAUGUUCCCUGUGGCUCCAAGGUUUGCCAAGAUGCUGUGUCUGAGUCACCAGUCAGGUCUACUUGGUUACACAUUGGCUAUUGUGGCUGCAUUGUCCGUUCAGGAGUUUCUACUCUCUGGGGACAAACACUGGCUGAAAUUACGACGACAAUGGGCCGGAAUGGGGAACUCAUUGUUGCUUGGUGAUGUGAUGGUGCUGCUGAGAGCAGUAGGAGCUGCCGAAUACGCCAACUCCAACAGUCAUCUGGAGAGGUUCUGUACCUUGCAUGGUCUGAGACACAAAGCUGUGGUAGAGUGUCGUAAGUUACGACUACAGUUGACCAAUCAGCUGAAUCUACAGUUGCCGGGGUUGUCUCUUGUGGUGGAUCCUAAGAUGAUUCCUCCCACCGAUACACAGGCAAGACAACUACGACAGAUAGUGCUGGCAGGUAUGGUGGACCAAGUUGCCCUCAAACUGACAGAUGAAGAACUGACUUCCAGAGGACUACGCAAGGGCAAACCUGUCUACCAAACACCCGAGAUGGAAGAGGUUGUGCACAUGCCGUCAACCUCUGCAUUAUACAAGGCUGCUCCAGAAUGGAUUGUUUACCAGGAAAUAUUCCAGACAGACAAGAUGUACUUCAGAGGAGUGACAGCUAUAGAGCCUGAAUGGCUGCCGGUGUUUGCACCGACUUUAUGUAACUUGUCGUCUCCGCUCACCGAACCUCCGCCCAGAUACAACGAGGACACUGGCGUGGUCUAUUGUCACUUCUCUGGCUCGUUUGGCAAGAGGGGUUGGCCACUGCCGGUGACCGAGCUUGAAUUUCCAGAAGGUCUUGAUCGCUACAAGUGGUUCGCUGUCUUCUUUCUCAACGGAUCUGUUUGUCCAAAACUCAAAAAGUACUCCAAAAAUCUCCUCUCCACGCCUCAGACCAUGGUCAAGUCCUGGGCAGGAUUACAACCAAGGACUGAGAUUUUAUUGAAGACACUUGUUGCUGCCCAAGUAGAUUCAAAGUCGUCUCUACUUGAAAAAUGGGAAGACGAACCAAAGUAUCUCCUGAACGCUUAUCAAAGUUGGCUCCCCGAGUCUGCCCACAAUGAAGUUGCAGUUUUGUGGCCUCCUUUAUAAAAUCAAAACCACUCCUAGCCAAUAUACCUGUCUAGCUCUAUCAUACAAAUGAGUUUUUAAUCAUGAGUUUUAUCGGAGAAUCUUUGUAAUAUAUUUGUUAAAAGUGUUUACAAGUUUAUUUUUGUGAAUUUGUAUAGAUGUAAAUACAGUUAUAUUUUGACUAUUUGAAA